GGCCGGCUCUGGAUCUUUCCACUUUGAAGAAGAUAUCAUGGCGAACCGUUGCACCGUGUGUGCAUGCAUACCGGUCCCGAUGGGCGAAACUUCGCCGUGUGGCAUUGCUUCCUUUUCGUGCAUUAUUUGGGAGAAGACAAGGAGCAAGGAGGAUACUUCUAAAAGAUACCAGACAAAACAACAACAAAAGCAUUGUGAGCGCAGGAAGUCAAGGAUAGAAGUAGAAAGAAGGAACAGCUACCACCAUGAGCUCUCCACUUUUCAUACCGCUCAAGUUUUUCUUGAUCGCUUUGGAUUUUUUCAUCACCAUUAUCACCUUUGGAUGGCUCGGUAUUAUCCAGAGAGCCACGGCCGAUCCAGGAUUGCGCACAGUCCCUGUGGGAGAUGACGAAUCGCACCGCGUCCAGCCAGCGUACAAGAACAACCUCACCACCACCCCCGUUCCUGGUGCCGGAACGCUCUAUGAUUUGGCCAAGAUGGGAUUUGAAAAGUACGCCGACAAGAAAUGCAUGGGAUACCGUGAAUUCGUGGGCUGGAAAACCCCCAAAGUCAAGGAAUUUGGAGACACGUACUGGAAAACCUUUGGAGAAGUGGGAAUCGUAUCGGCCAAAUUUGGAGCGGCGCUUCGUGGCGCUGGACUGGAAGCGGCACCUCCGACUACCAAUUUGGAACAAGUCACUACCAAAUCGCGUUUGGCCAUUUUUGAAAAUACAUGUCCCGAAUGGAUGAUUGCCGCCUUGGGAGCUUUUGGUCAGUCCAUUACAGUGGCCACAAUCUACGCGACUCUGGGAAUGGAUGCCGUCGAACAUGCCGUCAAUGACAAUAUCAUUUCCGUCAUUGUCUGCAACAAGCGAAAUGUCGAAGCUCUCAUCAAGCGCAAGGACAAUAUGCCCACUCUAAAGACCAUUGUCUACACCAAUGAUUUGAUUGCCAAGUCGGAAACUGUGGAUCUUCCUGCCACUCCAGAUGGAAUGACUAUCGUGUCGUUUGAAGACUUUUGUGCUGGUGGUGACACGGAAAAAUUCCCUCCUACUCCUCCAGAACCCGAUACCACGGCUGUCAUCAUGUACACAUCAGGUAGCACUGGAAAGCCCAAGGGUGUUGUCAUUACCCACAGGUGCAUUGUGGGUGCUUGCGCUGCUGGUGACAUUGAGUUGGGAAUUCGAAAGGGCGAGGACGUUUAUCUGGGAUACCUUCCUUUGGCUCACAUUAUGGAGUUGAUGGCAGAAUUUGUCAUGGUCUCGCAGGGAGUUCUCAUUUGCUAUGCCGACCCCAAGAGUCUUUCGGCUACUGGUGCUUUCCCAACGGGAGCCCUGGAACACUUUGCCCCUACCAUCAUGGUUGCCGUGCCGAAAAUUUGGGAUACCAUCAAGAAGGGCUUGCAAGCCAAGGUCGCGGCAUCUCCUCCCGUGGCUCAAUUCCUCGUCAACACUGCGUUCGAAGCCAAGACUUAUGCCGACACUUACGGAUAUGACACUCCCCUUUUCAAUGCGCUCGUGUUCAAGAAAUUCAAAAAGGCCAUUGGUGGGAACCUUCGUUUUGCCAUUUCCGGUGGAGGGCCUUUGAAUGGAGAAGUGCAGGAUUUCAUUCGUCGUGCGUUUGGGUUCCCUCUUUGCCAAGGGUAUGGCUUGACCGAGACUGUUGCCGGGUUGACCUUUCAAGCGCGCGAUGAUUUCAGGCACGGCAUUGCGGGAGUCUGUAUUCCCAGUGCCGAAGCCAAGCUUGUUUCAACACCAGAUAUCUGCGACAAGGCAGGACAGCCUUACUUGAGCACGGAUCGCACGGAUGUGGAAGGUGAAAAAGUCUGGGGACGCGGAGAGAUUUGCACCAAGGGAGUGAAUGUCAGCAGUGGAUACUACAUGAACGAAGAAGCCACCAAGGAAGCCUUUGAUGAUGAUGGUUGGUUUCACACUGGUGAUAUUGGUCAAUUCAUGGCAGACGGAAGUAUCAAGAUUGUGGACCGCAAGAAGAAUCUCGUCAAGUUGAAGGGUGGAGAAUACAUUGCGCUGGAAAAGAUGGAGAUGGUCUUUGGAAACUCGGACUUUGUGGAUGCCGUUGGUGGUGGCAUUUGUGUCUACGGUGACGGAGACAUGGAUCGCCCGGUUGCCUUGAUGCAGCUCAAAAUGGAGCACACUAUGAUUUGGGCCAAGAAGAACGGCAUUGAAGGGGACUUUGAGACUCUUUUGAAGGAUCCCAAGGUUUAUGAAGCUGUGAUGAAGGACAUGAAAGAACAGCAUGCAAAGAGUGACUUGUCUCAUCUCGAAAAGCUUGUUGCUGUCCAGCUAUUGAAUAGUCCCUGGACACCUGAAAAUGGUUGCUUGACUGCUGCCAACAAGUUGCAGCGCAAGGCUGUGAUCCAGUCUUUUGAGAAUGAGUUCAACGACCUCAAGCCCAAGGGUAUCUUUUAAUAAGCUUCGUGGCAAAAGAGACUGUGGAAUUUCUAUGAUCUCUGCCAUCGGAAGAAACAGGAUGCUAUCACUAAUCCAGCAAUGUCUUGCAUGCGCUGCCAGUAUACCGGUAGUACGGUAUGUGAAAACUGAGUAGAGAGUGCGU